AUGUGGGGGAAAAACCACUUCGAGGUGGAAGGCAAGUCCGUCAUAGUCGCCGGUGGCUCAAAAGGUCUUGGUCGCGAGCUUGCCAUCCAACUCACCUCCCAAGGCGCAAACAUAACAAUCCUCGCCCGCUCCCCCGACGCCCUAGAAUCAACGCGCACCGAACUCCACAAACACACCAAAUCCCCCACCCAGACCAUCACAGCAACACCGCUCGACCUAACCAACGCCCCCGCAGUCCAAGAAUACAUCACCUCCCUCUCCACCCCGCCAGACAUCCUCUUCUGCGUGGCCGGCGGGGUCUCCCAACAAAUCGGCUUCUUCGCCGACAUCACCGCGCACGAUAUCGAGAACUGCAUGAGGCUGAAUUACCUGUCUGGCGCGUUCAUCGCGCACGCCGUCUUCCGGCGGUGGGUGAAAGAGCCCCCAGCGCACCAAGACCACACGCGCCAUCUGGUCUUCACCGCGUCGACGGCCGCGUUCCUGGGUCUUCCAGGGUACGCGGCGUACGCGCCGGCAAAGGCAGCGACGCGGGCAUUGGCCGAUACGCUGCGAAGCGAAGCGCUGCUUUAUUCGUCGCGGCAGGAGAUCAAGAUCCAUUGUUCGUUUCCCGGGACGUUUUACAGCGAGGGGUUUUAUGAGGAGCAGAAGAGGAAGCCGGUGCUGCUGAAGGAGAUUGAGGGGACGAGCGAGGAUAAGGGGGGUUUGAGUGCGGAGUGUGUGGCGGAGCGGACUAUGAGUGGACUGCGGCGCGGGAGGUUUCUUAUUGCGACGGAUGGGGAGACGGAGUUGGCUUUGAAUGCGAUGCGCGGGGCGAGUCCGCGGGAUUGUGUUGUUAAGGAUUGGGUGAUGGGGCUGGUGGUGAGCUUGGUGCUGCCGGUUUAUCGGAUGGGGUGGGAUCGCAGGACUGUGAAGUUUGGGGAGAGGAUGAUGGGGGAGGAGAGCGGGUGA